AUCGCUGAAAGCCGAAGCUUCCUUUCAGCUUCUGCGUUCACCGUGAAGGGAACAGCCUUGAACAACAGGGCUUGCCGAGAGCGCAUCGGAGCUGACUCGCGAGUUGCGCCCAGGUUCUUAGACCGGGCAAAGCUGUUGUUGUUGGUUUGUCUUGUAGUUCUGGGAGCCUUUUCACGCCUGCUCGUCCCAAUCGGCCUCUUUGGCUUCGCAAAGAUCAGCUUCAUGUAUACCGGUACGGCAGACUAGAAGCUUCAGCAAAGGGUGUUGCUGCCGACUGGCUGAAGGAGUGUGUAAGUGUUGUCAGGUCUCGGGACAAAGCAUAUUGACCGUGCUUUCGUCGACAACGGACAACACUUCCUCCUUGACUUGACUUGACACGAUCUGUACUAGUGAAACUGUUUGGAAGCUGCUUCGGGUGCUUCAUUCAGAAUACCGGCUGCUCCGCCGAGCCACUUUUGCUACUACUAGCUACGUUACCGGUACUAGUACUUGGUAGUACAAUUGUGGCGACCACCGUGGGGACGACCAGUCGAAAUUUUCUCCACACAAUUCCCAAACGACUCAAAUAAUUCAUUUGUGCGAAAGAAGCUGGACCGUCCAUCUCCAAAUUUCUGCCGCUCGUUUACACUCUGGAGGAUACUCAUCAAGACCUAGUGGCUACAUCUUCCUGCUAUCCUGCUAGCUAUAUCCUCCUGACCAUGAUGCGAUCACCGCAGCGCAACAAAACUUCCGUCUGCCGAAGGUGCUUUUACUUCUCCUUGGCGGCAGCCUUUUACGUGGCAAUCUUUCUCAACACGCUGGGAUGGCAUGACAAGGUGCGACGGCGCUUUGCCAGCUUUAGCUCCUCCGACUUUGGUCAGAUGGCCGUGUUGUUGGCAGCCUUUAGUGAUGACAUGGACGAAGCUGAAACACGCCCGCGUCGCAAAAAGUCAAAAACUACACCUGGUUGGGCCAAAAAGUACAAGAAGGAGAUUUCUUCUUCUCAACAACAGGGCAGCGGCCACGGCGGGAACAAACAAAGGCGCCAGAUAUCCAUCAUACCGAUGGAUGCAAACGAAAAAGAUAAAGAAUUUGUCAAGGUGCAUGAUCGGCUCACAAUGCCACCAGAAGACGCAGGAAAGGAGUCUACCAACAAACCACAGAAUCAUGUUCAUGCCGUGAAGACGACGCCGGAAAGACUGGGAAAACGACACAAACAUAAUUCCGGGAGCGAAGCCAAAGAAGCAGCCAAACUGAAAGGUGGGCGUCUCACCAAGCCUCCAAUGCUACCGAAGAAGGACCACUCAACCGGAAAGGUGUCGCUACGGCUCGAGAAACCUCAGGUUAAACGUACUGUCAAAGACAAAGACACUGGUCGUCUUACCAAGCCUCCAAUGCUGCCGAGGAAGGACCACUCAACAGGAAAGGUGUCGAUGAGACUUGAAAAACUUCAAUCAAGUGCAAAGGUGGGCAACACUACCAGGGCUGCUCACAAGCAGAACAAAACCGCGCACGAAAGACCGUUUUCGUCUGAAACCACGACAAGCCUGGGAGCUAGUAGCACCAUCAUUACAAAAGAUGACGCCCCAGAGAAUCGAUUGCAAUACAGCAACGACGAUACUAUUAUGACGAGUAACAAGAAGGUGACACUUUCGGAUAGCAUCACUCCGGAAAGCCCAGUCUUUGUUUUCAGCCUUCCCAACAAUGGAGGUGUCUCCAUUCAACGAUACUUUCAGUGUGCUGGUUUGGACGAAGAAUCACUGGGACGUCGAUACACCAAGAGGGAUCUCUACGCGACAGAGUAUUACAAGAGGCGGCCUAUUGGCAAGUGUAUUCGGCACAACACCAGAAUGGCGGACGCGGAUGAUUUGUCAUCGUUUGAUCCCUUGGAGAACUGCGGUGGGUACCGCGUUUGGACCGAGAUUGAUUACAUCUCCAAGUCCACACCGCGAGAAAUGCAAGAACAUGGACGUCAGUGCUACUUUCCGACGCUGCGUUACAACGUCGUCGACAAGCUUUUGACUGCAUACCCCAACGCUACGGUGAUAAAUGUCAUUCGCGACCCCAGCGACUGGUACGAAACGUUGAGCUCCGAAGAAAGAGAACGGUGGUUUCGCUGGUGCAACCUCAAGGCCAGUAGAUUUCCAUUCCCCGAACCCAACGCCCCUAAGGAGGAAUGGACUCGGUUCUACGUCACUGUCAACAGUUCCCUCCGCAAACAUAUGCGGCAUAUGUAUCCGCAUGUCAAGUUCCUGGAAAUUGAUUUGGAAGUCAACACUCGAGGGACAGCUGGCAUGCUAAAUGAGCAUCUGGGGAUACCCGAAACUUGUUGGAUGGAUCACGCCGUUCGCAAGGACCGGCGCCCCAGAGAUAUUCGGUAUCCUGUCUUUGUGGCAGCACUCCCGAAAAGCGCCACGAGCACUGCUCAGUCUUAUCUCAAUUGUGGCAUGGGGGCCUUCGAAGGAGUUCAUCAGUGGACGCAACGAGAGGGCACAACAAAAGAUGUCACAAUCGGUGAGUGCAUGCAAGACAACAUAAAGAACAAUCGAUCUAUUGUUGAAGGAUGCGGUGACCACAAGCACUGGUCAGACAUGGGUGUACUUCGAAAGAACAAUUGCUUCUAUCCCUCCAUCCACGGCGGUCUGGAAGCCAUUUACCAAGCGCAUCCAUUUGGUACCAUCAUGAACACGGUGCGAGAUGCCAAGUCCUGGUACAAAUCCGCCAAGCGAUGGGAAGGUCUACUGUUGCGAUGGUCAACCUUUUGCGAGGGAUUUCCUCCUGUGGGAUCAAGGAAACAAGAAUGGAUGAGCUUUUACAACCAACACAACCAAAAGAUCCGUGACUUUGCCAAAGCUCACCCCACAAUGACAUACGUGGAGAUUCACGUGGACAACAAGACGGAAACGAACGAAAUACUGUCAGAAAACUUUGGAUUUCCUUCCCGUUGCUGGGGGCACGAGAAUUCCAAUGCCAACAACUCUCUGAUUAUGCGACAUCGAGCCAUUGCUGCCGCAAGAGAGAAUCAAACGGUAGAAGAAGUAUUGGAGAAGUACUAUCGGAAAAUGAACAUCACUCGGUUGCCUGAUUCCGGCAAUCAGGCUCAGACAGAAGAGUGAAUGUUAACUGGGAAACUCGGAAGCAACAAAAACAUACUAUAGUCAAAUAAUCUCUUAUGGAAGGAAGUAUUGUUGGGAACAGUCAAGCAAAUAGCUUGAAAAAUCGC